AUGAAGGUUUCUCAGUCGAUUCUGUCGUUAAGUUUGGUUCUUUUUGGCCUAGGGACAGUGGCCGCACCUCAGGGCGUUUCGAUUGCCCUUGCUAUUCCAUCAGGUACUCCAACGCCUUCCCUCGAAUUCGUGGAAGCCACGAAAGAGGAGCCGGAGACUAAGGAAGACGGAAUAUCAUCAAAUUCGAGUUCUUUGGGCAGCCCGCCGCCGGUACUGGAAAUCGCUUUCUCGAAGUUGAAGAACAUUUACAGGAGAUAUAUCGCCGAUGAGCUAGUGGACAGAGGAUGGUCUAAGAAAUGCAAUUUUGGGAAAGUGAUGGUGAGAAAGGAAUGGGGUACUAUGUCCCAAUCCCAAAGGAAAAAGUAUACCGACGCCGUCAAAUGUCUUUACAACAGGCCGUCGCAGUCCGACCCUGUUCUGGUUCCCGGCGCGCGCAACCGUCUCGACGAUUUCGUCGCUACCCAUCUCACCUUCAGCAACAACAUCCACUUCAAUGGCUACGUCUUCGCCUGGCAUCGGCACUUCACCUAUCUCUACGAUCAAGAACUCCGCAACGAAUGCGGUUACAGCGGGCCGACCCCAUACUGGGACUGGGUGAUUGACAACGCUGACCCACGUCGGUCCACUGUAUUCGACGGCAGCGAGUUCAGCAUGGGCGGCAAUGGAGAGACUAUCCCGCAUGGUAAUACAAGUAUUAAUGCAUUUGGAAUCACAUUGAGCCUCCCACCAGGCACUGGAGGUGGCUGUGUCACAGAAGGCCCGUUCACGGAUCUGGUUAUCAAUCUAGGACUUUCGCCGAAUGUGAGCGCGCCAGACCAGAACCAGACCGCUCCACCUGAUGUAACAUCCCAUUAUUUGGCACCGUUUGCGGAUGCAUUCAAAGGAGACACCACUGCGGCGGUCCAAAAGAGACAGAAUGACGUACCCCCGGAGAUCCUGCAGGGAUUGAAUUAUAACCCACGAUGCAUGACGCGCGACAUAAACCUGCAAUGGGCAGCGCUGGCCACAACCACAGCACUGGCCCGUAUCCUGUCCUGCGGCAAUGUCAGAUGUCUGGAGCAGCGGAUUGAUGGGUGGGAGGAAGGCGCUAGUGACGAACAACAGGCGAGAGACCAACUCCACGGAGGAGGCCAUUUCACGAUCGGCGGUUUGAACAACGAUCCGUUCGCGAGCCCGGGCGAUCCGGUGUUUUUCCUGCACCAUGCCAAUCUCGAUCGUCUGUGGACAAUUUGGCAAAGUCAGAAUCCGACCGCCAGACUGUAUGAGGUUGGAGGGACACGGACACCUUUCAACAAUCCUCCGAGUGAUAACGUCAGGGAGACUGAUGUGCUGAGGUACGGGGUUGUAGGGAAAGAUAUCAUCAUGCGUGAUGUUGGGUCUACGCUGGACGGCCCGUAUUGUUAUGUCUAUGCUUAAGCUGCAUUUCAUGAGUCGGUGCUCUUUCGCAUUCAUUGACCUGCCUGGGGAAUGUGGCUAUGUCGACCGACCGUGUCUUAUUGGUACUAGAGGGUCUGUUUGGUGAUGAAGAGAGAAUAUGGAUUUCGUUUGAAGUGUAAUGGGAAGCAGUUGAGAGGGGGUCCGACGAGGAAAGGGUUUUUCGGUUAAUAGAAAACACGCUCCUUUAACUCUUUGGUAUGCCAAUGUCACUCGUUGAAGCCGACUCUGGAUAUUAUAGUGACUUGUAUGCAUGCCGAUAAAGUAAUAUGUUAUACUUCACCAGUGGCUGUAAGCUGGCAGAACGUAACUAGGCGUGAGGCCGAAGAGCACCAAUACUCCUCUUUUCUUGGCGGA